AUGGCCGAUCGCCUAAGAGAGGCUUCCCGGCAACGCUGAAUGAAAGUGAUGACGGCCGCCGCGGGUUCGGUGGGAGGCGCCGCGGUGCCCUUGCUGCUGUGCGCGCUGCUGGCGCCCGGCGGCGCGUACGAGCUCGACGACUCCGACGGGCUGGGCCGGGAGUUCGAUGGCAUCGGCGCGGUCAGCGGCGGCGGGGCAACCUCUCGACUUCUGGUAAAUUACCAAGAGCCCUAUCGUUCUCAAAUACUGGAUUAUCUCUUUAAGCCAAACUUUGGUGCCUCUUUGCACAUUCUGAAAGUAGAAAUUGGUGGUGAUGGACAGACCACAGAUGGCACCGAGCCCUCCCACAUGCACUACAUGUUAGAUGAGAAUUAUUUUCGAGGUUAUGAGUGGUGGUUGAUGAAGGAAGCUAAGAAGAGGAACCCUAACAUUACACUCAUAGGGUUGCCGUGGUCAUUCCCUGGAUGGUUGGGCAAAGGUUUCAACUGGCCUUACGUCAACAUUCAGCUGACUGCCUAUUAUGUCGUGGCCUGGAUUGUGGGCGCCAAGCGUUAUCAUAAUUUGGACAUUGAUUAUGUUGGGAUUUGGAAUGAGAGAACAUUUGACAUUGAUUAUAUCAAGAUGCUAAGAAAGAUGCUGAACCAUCAAGGUCUCGAGCAAGUGAAAAUCAUAGCCAGUGAUAAUCUCUGGGAACCCAUUUCUGCUUUAAUGCUCAAGGACGCUGACCUCUUGAAUGUGGUUGAUGUUAUAGGGGCUCAUUAUCCUGGGACCUAUUCAGUCAGGGAUGCAAAAUUGACCAAGAAGAAACUUUGGUCUUCUGAAGAUUUUAGCACUUAUAAUAAUGACGUGGGUGCAGGUUGCUGGGCUCGCAUAUUGAAUCAGAAUUAUGUCAAUGGUCUAAUGACUUCCACCAUUGCCUGGAAUUUGCUGGCCGGUUACUAUGAACAAUUACCUUAUGGGGGAUGCGGCUUGAUGACGGCUCAGGAGCCAUGGAGCGGGCACUACAUGGUAGAAGCUCCCAUCUGGGUAUCAGCUCAUACCACUCAGUUCACAAAACCAGGCUGGUAUUACCUGAAGACAGUUGGGCGUUUAGAGAAAGGGGGAAGCUACGUAGCCCUGACCGAUGGUUUAGGUAACCUCACCAUCAUCAUUGAAACUAUGAGCCAUAAACAUUCUAGGUGUAUACGACCCAUCCUUCCUUAUUUCAAUGUGUCACAACAGAUUGCUACCUUCUCCCUUAAGGGAUCUUUUAGCAAAAUACCACAACUCCAAGUGUGGUAUACCAAACUUGGAAAACCGUCGAAGCAAUUUCAUUUUACGCAUCUGGAUCCUAUAUGGACACUUCACACCAAUGGCCGGUUCACACUGGGGCUGGAGGUGGAUGAGCUCUUCACACUCACCACUCUCACCACGGGCCAGAAGGGCAGCUACUCGCCUCCGCCAAACUCCCAGCCCUUCCCCCGCGUCUACAAGGAUGACUUCAAUAUAUAUGACCCACCUUUUAGUGAAGCGCCCUACUUUGCUGAUCAGACAGGUGUGUUUGAGUACUUCGUGAACAAGGACGACCCUGGAGAGCAUCAGUUCACACUCCGCCAAGUCCUCAAUCAACGGCCCAUCACGUGGGCGGCUGAUGCAUCCAACACCAUCAGCAUCAUAGGCGACUAUGAAUGGAGCAAUCUGACUAUAAAGUGUGAUGUUUAUAUAGAGACCCCUGGCAGGGGCGGAGUAUUCAUUGCAGGAAGAGUAACCAAAGGUGGGGUUUUGAUUAGAAGUGCUAGAGGAAUUUUCUUCUGGAUUUUUGCAAAUGGAACCUACAAAGUUACAGGUGACAUCGUUGGAUGGAUCAUCUAUCAUUUAGGACAUGCUGAUGUUAGAGAAAAAAAAUGGUAUACCCUAACUUUAACUAUUAAGGGUCGUAACUGCUCUGGAACGCUGGACGGCAAACCUCUGUGGGACAACAUCCAUGUGAAUUUCCCGAAGAAUGGCUGGGCUGCCAUCGGAACAUACUCUUUUGAAUUUGCCCAGUUUGACAACUUUCAAGUGGAAGCAGAAAGCUAA